UCUCUUUCGCCACAUUUAUCCUCGUGGUUUUGAAAUUAGAAAUACUUCAUGCUUUAAUAGCAGAAAAAAGGCCCCCAAAAAGACUAAACUACGAUUUAGAUCACACGGGUAGCUAAGACGAUGAACUCAGAAAAGUUAUCUAAACUCAGUAAGGAAGUAAGAAUAGGAGGAAAGGGAACCCCUAGAAGAAAAAAGAAAGUCGUCCACAGAACUGCCACUACAGAUGACAAAAAACUACAGAAUACCCUAAAGAAACUGUCAGUGAAUACUAUUCAAGGCAUCGAAGAGGUGAACAUGAUCAAGGAUGAUGGAACUGUCAUACAUUUUAACAAUCCCAAAGUGCAAGCCAAUCUUGGAGCCAAUACUUAUGCCGUCAAUGGACAUGCUGAAACAAAGACAAUCACAGAGAUGCUACCAGGGAUCUUAAAUCAACUUGGAAGUGAUAGCCUUACUAAUUUGAGGAAACUGGCUGAGAAAUUCCCUCCCAGUGAUAUAGGGGCAGCGACCAAUACAGCUGAGGAAGUAGAAGAGGAUGAUAAUGAAGUUCCAAUGCUUGUACAAAACUUUGACGAGCCAUCAAAAGCCGAGGUCUAGAGCGGCUGGUCUUGUUUCCAUGGCAACAAAAAAUCCACUUUUUCCUAUAAACUUGUCUGCUACAAUAAAAGACACUGUUAACAAGAACAUUUUGUAACGACCUGAGCCAUCACCCUGUCUAGUAACAUUUAAUUAACAAUGACUACAGCUCAUAAUAUUAACAAUUGCUUAAUAGUGUAAUUUUUUGUUAUGUAGAAGGUAUUUGGGGAAUAUUGGACAAUACUGAUACUCGUCACUAUGACAACACGUCACUAUGACAACACUGAUUGACAAUAUUGGUUUGAUUUCCCUCAGUGCUAUUGAGAAAAAAGAGCUGCAGUCAUUGUUGAUUUUGAUUCCUGAUCUCGGGAUUACCAAUCCAGGACCAUCAAUAAAAUACCAAACACCAA